GGAGCCGCGCACCUUCUCCCGCAGAGCGCGCAAGCGGCGGUCGUGCCAAGCUCGGGAAGAAGGUGGCAGGGAAAGGAGCCGGGGACGUCUGUGAGGAGGGCGAGGAUGAGGAACAGCCGCCGCCGCUGCUGAGCGCGCAGGUAAACGGAGCCCGAUGAAGAAAACACAAACCUGCAGCUUGAUUUAAAAGCUACAUUCCUGAUGGAUGUUGGCAUUUCACGCUUUUAAGCACAUGCAGAUGCACCAUCCUUCUUUCCCUUUGCUUGCACCUGCUGUUAUUGAAUGAAGAGUUAAGUGGCCCAUCAUGUGUAUUGGCACAAACCAGGAGCCUGUCACACCGAUGAGAAAAAAUCGAAUCUGUUCCAGAGAUACACGCUGACCUGAAUGUGCACAUUUUUCCUGGUACCUAAGUUGAGAAACUGCUUUUCGUUAUCCAGAAGAGUUUUGCAUUGAACAUUCUGCCAUUUGGGAAGUGCUUCUGCAUCACAUUGUAUUUUCUACUCUCCUCUUUGAAAAUGAGGGUUUUUGUAAUUUCUUAAAACAAUUUGUACAGGUUUCAUAUGAGUGCAAGAAAGCAGCUGUUCAGAAGACUUUAUCCAAAAUCAAGCCUGUGAAAACACCUGCUUGAGUUAACCCACCCUCUCUGCACAAUGUGGACUUUCCUGGGCAUUGCCUCUUUCAUUUAUGUCUAUAAGAAAUGUGGAGAUCUGCUGAGUUAUGCCAACAAGGAGGUACUGAUCUCCAUGCUGGUUUUCUUCUCUCUCGGUUUGCUGCUUUCCUAUCGCUACCGAUCAUGGGGACUCAAACAGCAGAAGCACAGGCAACCUCACUGUGGAGUGCUCUCCAAUUUCCUUGCUGCUGUGCCAUUCAUUGGUUUUUUCUGGUCAAAAUCCCAUGCUGGUUCCCCAGAGGCAGUGCACCCUAACUCCAGAAAGGACAGAAAGGAAAUCAGUAUCUCACCUGGGACCACAAAUGAGUCGGCCACAGCUUCAACAGUCCCUCCUCAGACUGAUCCAGAAGUUAUCAUUGUGGGGUCUGGUGUACUUGGCUCGGCUUUGGCAGCGGUACUGGCAAGGGAUGGAAGGAAAGUGACUGUAAUCGAGAGGGAUUUGAAAGAACCAGACCGGAUAGUUGGAGAACUGUUGCAACCCGGGGGCUACAAUGCUCUUAAAGAUUUAGGCCUGGAAGAGGCCGUAGAAGGGAUCGAUAGUCACACAAUUAAUGGCUAUAUAGUUCAUGACCUAGAAAGCAAAUCAGAAGUUGAAAUUCCUUACCCUACUGCGGCAAAUGGUCAGAUCCAGUGUGGCAGAGCGUUCCAUCAUGGGCGUUUCAUCAUGGGUCUCAGAAGGGCAGCCAUGGCAGAACCCAAUACAAAAUUCAUUGAAGGGACAGUAGUGCAAUUGCUUGAAGAAGAUGAAUGUGUAGUUGGAAUUUUGUACAAAGAUAAAGAAACAGGUGACACAAAGGAGCUCCACGCACCCCUCACCAUUGUUGCUGACGGCCUUUUUUCCAAGUUUAGGAAACAUCUUACCCCCAACAAAGUCAGAGUCCCAUCUCAUUUUGUAGGAUGCCUUUUGAAGGAUUCACCUCAAUUUAAAGCCAAUCAUGCCGAACUUGUUUUGGGGAACCCUAGUCCAAUACUUAUCUAUCAGAUUUCUUCCAAUGAAACCAGAGUUCUUGUUGACAUUCGAGGUGAAAUGCCAAAGAACCUUAAAGAAUACAUGAUUGAAAAGAUUCAUCCACAGCUACCAGAGCAUGUACAGGAGGCUUUCCUAAUAGCUAUACAGAAUGAUCGUUUGAGGACCAUGCCCGCAAGUUUCUUGCCUCCUUCUCCUGUUAACAAAUCUGGUGUUCUUCUCUUGGGAGAUGCUUACAACAUGAGGCACCCUCUCACAGGUGGGGGAAUGAGUGUUGUUUUGAAUGAUAUCAAGAUAUGGAGACACCUGUUGCAAACCAUUCCAGACCUGUAUGAGGACUCGGCUGUUCUGCAAGCAAAAAAGACAUUUUAUUGGACAAGAAGAAGUUCCCAUUCCUUUGUUGUGAAUGUUCUUGCUCAAGCACUGUAUGAAUUAUUUGCUGCAACAGACGAUUCUCUACAUCAGCUAAGAAAAGCCUGUUUCCUUUACUUCAAGCUUGGUGGCAUAUGUGUAUCUGGCCCAGUAGGAUUACUUUCUGUCCUUUCACCGAACCCUGGUACACUGAUUGGCCACUUCUUUGCCGUUGCAUUCUACGCUGUUUAUUUCUGCUUCAAGUCGGAAUCUUGGAUCACCAAGCCACGGGCAAUUUUCAGCAGCAUUGCUGUGUUAUACCGGGCUUGCUCCGUCCUAUUUCCACUCAUAUACUCUGAAAUAAAGUACCUCAUCUAUUAAAUUCAUGGAGACAAAUCUGCGGUGUGAGGAAGUACUCCUUACUCACCCCACUUUGUGGAUAUA